CAAAUAUAUUGAAAUAAACAAGUUCUUGUUGUAUAAACGAUAAAAAUGUAUACAAUAUAUCAUCCGGUUGCUAUAGCCGCAGCAGCAACAACUGGUGCUAUGCUUUUUGGAUUUGAUAUUUCAUCCAUGUCUGCAUUUGUUACUGCACCACAAUAUCUUGAAUAUUUUAAUCGGCCCAGUUCAUUAUUACAAGGUGUUAUUACAUCAUCUAUGCCUAUUGGAUCAGCAAUAGCAUCAUUUUUUUCUGGAUAUGUUACAAAUAAACUGGGUCAUAGAUCUAUUAAUCAAAUAGGUGCUUGGAUUUGGAUUGUUGGUUCAAUUGUUCAAGCGACAUCUAUUAAUGCGGUCCAUCUUAUAAUAGGUCGUUUUAUUUCCAGUAUAGCAAUUGGUCUUUGUUCUAGUCAAAUCCCUGUUUGGAUUUCUGAGUUAAGUCCUAAAAAAUAUAGAGGAUCUCUUGUCUCGAUUUUUCAAUGGUCCAUAACAUGGGGUAUAUGUAUUAUGUUUUAUCUCUCUUACGGUUGUACAAAGAUUAAGGGACCAUUAUCAUUUAGAGUUGCAUGGGGUUUGCAGGUGGUUCCCGGGUUUAUCUUUUCAUUUCUUGUUCUUUUUCUUCCGCAAUCUCCUAGAUGGCUUGCUUCACAUGAUCGUUGGGAAGAAGCUCAAUUUAUCAUUUCUAAAGUAAAUAAUUCAAAUAAUUUUAAUAGUCCUGAAGUUGUUUCUGAAAUAAAAGAUAUAAAGGAAGCAGUAGAAAGUGAUAAGGAUAGUGUAGGCUAUCUAGCAUUAUUUUCUAAAGGUUCUCGUACAAGAACAUUUGUCGGUUUUUUUACUCAAGUUUGGCAACAAUUUACAGGAAUGAAUAUUAUCAUGUAUUAUGUUACAAAUGUCUUCCAAAUGGCAGGUUAUUCUGGUGUUUCAAAUUUACUUAUAUCUUCUAUUCAAUAUGUUCUUAAUGUUAUUAUGACUGUCCCUGCUUUACUUUUUAUUGAUCGAUGGGGUCGACGACCGACAUUCAUUUAUGGCGCAGUUUUAAUGGCAAUACUAUUAUUUGCAGAGUCAAUUUUUAUGGCUAUUGGAGGUCAUUAUGUUCCUAGUUAUCAUGGAAGUGAAUAUAUACGAUGGACUAUGGAAGGUCAUAGAAAUUUAGCGAAUGCGGUAAUUGCAUGUUCUUAUCUUUUUGUAUGUGUUUUUGCUCCUACAUGGGGACCAUGUGCGUGGAUUUAUGUUUCCGAAAUUUUUCCUCAUAAUCAACGUACAAAAGCUAAUGGGUUUUGCACUUUCGCAAAUUGGACGUUUAAUUUUAUACUGGCUAUCUUUGUUCCUACUGCAUUUAAGAAUAUUCAAUGGAAGACAUUUUUAAUUUUUGCAACAUUCUCAGUUACUAUGGCUAUUCAUGUAUAUUUAAUGUUUCCCGAGACAUGUGGAAGAUCAUUAGAAGAAAUUGAGCAAAUAUGGAGAGACAAAGUACCAGCAUGGAAGACAAAAGUAUAUAGACCAGAUAAACAAAAAUCUUUAGAAAAAAAAGAGGAAAGUUUAUUAGAUAAUGAGAAUGAGAAUAAAUAUCAAGUUUAAUAAUAAUAAAGGAUUAUACUGGGAAAUACAAUCAAAAUUUUAUGA